AUGCAGUUAAGAGCAGUUUCCAUCCUCGCCCUUCUUUUGCCCUCUUUGGCCAUGGGAGUCCCGUCUCUCCAACUUUUCGGUCAACCCCAGAUACCGUUUACCCCCGCAUCCCAAGACUUGAUGGUCCCGGGACAAAAUCCGUUCAGCUUCUGUGCCUCGCCUGAGACCAAUAUCUUGACCAUCGAAUCUGUAGAUUUGGAUCCAAACCCCCCUACACCCGGCGAAACCCUUCUAAUUAACGCUACGGGCAUCUUUUCCAAGAAAGUCGAUUAUGGUUCCAAGGUUUACCUCCAGGUGAAAUACGGUCUUAUACGAUUGAUCAACGAGGAGGCGGAUUUGUGUGAGCAGAUCACAAAUGUGGAUUUAUCAUGUCCUCUGGAGAAGGGACCCAUGACAAUUGCGAAGGAGGUUUUGCUGCCAAAGGAGAUUCCACCUGGAAAGUACACUGUCUAUGCCGAUGUGAAUACUAAGGAGAAGGAACGGAUAACCUGCCUCAAGGCCGAGAUUAUGUUUAACCUAUAA